UUGUUUAGAGCCAUCUAUUUCCGCGAAAGAGCCAAUAGUUUUGGGUUAUGGGAAAUGUCGCCUGAUGGCACAGUAACAGACGAUCUGGAAUUGCUGGGAUGGGGUAUCUAUCCCUCUGCUGUGUAUUUUAACCAUGCAUGUGAUGCCAAUGUCAACAAGAUCAGAGAAGGUAGACAACUCAAGUUUAUUGCGAAUCGCACCAUUCAAAAGGGACAAGAGGCCUGUAUCUCUUAUGGAUCUGUCCAUGACACAGUAGACAUUCGACGUGCUCGUUUAUUUGAACAUUAUCAUUUUAUGUGUGCAUGUACUCAGUGU